AUGCUAGACGAACGGGUCUCAGAUAUAAAAACAAAUUAUUUCAAAAUUGGCCACGUGAAAAAUGUUCAGUAUACUAUAUAUACAACCACAGACAAUAACGAACAAAAGCUUUUGGAGCUAGAAUUGAGUCUACGUCACCAAAAUCCGAGCAUCUUACUCACAUACUACAACAAGUGUUUAUUUCACUUUUUGCUAGACGAGACCUCUCAAAGCCCCCAGUCGUCGUUGAUAGAGUCCGACCCCACCGUGAGUGUCAAACUCCAAGCCACGGUUGCCACAGAAAAGUUGGCAAAUCCUCCCAAAACGUCAGACAACGAGGAAUACCUUGCAUUUGCAAACAUUAGUUUCCUCAGGUCUUUGAAAAAGAUGGUCUUGUACAACUUGUCGAUACUGCAGGUGGUAAAGGUGUUUGGAAGCCACUGUGUUGCCUCGGCAAAUGAGGUGUCAUACCGGAUCAUAUAUAUUGACCCUCUACUUCUCGCUAAUGGAGACUUACUAAUCUCCUGCGUUGAAAGAAGGGAUCCACAACUUUACAAUUCAUCAGUCUUGCUAGCCAAAGAGUCAGUGAUAAACCAGACAUUUGUUGUAUAUAUUUUACCCAGUGGGAUCAGGUGCCACCUAUUCGAUCCAACGAACCUCAAUAAUAACUUUGUUACAAAACCACAAUUUGAAAAUGAACAGCUUCUACGCUUGCUUGAAUUAAGUACUGGGAUUGAGAACUUACAGACAGCCACGUGGGUGAGAUUAAUCCCGAAUUUAAAGCACUUGAACAAUCAAACGUCCCCAAUUUCAAAAUUCGUACACACGGUGGAAAACAAGAAAUACAUAUUGUGGCCCUGGAGUCUUUGUCUUUUACAGUUUGGUUUGCGGGAGAAAGCCAGGAAUGAUGAACAAUCGUCGGCAAGGCAUUCUAAUCCAAUGAACUUGUUGUCGGAUUUUCUCGACUUCAAUAUUGAGCACAAAGCAGAAUUGGAAAGGGCGGAACAACAACACCUUUCACUACCACCACCACUACCACCACAGCAUCAGCUUGAGGUACAACGAACGAGCCUAUCAGGGGAUAAUCCAGUACCUUCUCCCUCUCUGAAACAAGGCCGAGGCAUUCCUUCCACUGGAUCCUCAAACACCGUGAACGAAACUUCUCGAAACUUGGGUCCACUUGAUAUAGGCAUUAAUACUCCUUUAGGAGGCGACAUCUUCAACUUACAAGUGGCUGACAAUUUUUUCUCCAAACCAGAAAACAGUGUUGUCGAGGAGAAACUGCGUGAUGAUAAUGACGAUGACAUGGAGAUUGACGAAUUGUUUGGUGGGGACCAGGGAGAAAGUGAAGAUGGACCGGUUGUUGAAAAGAAAUCGAGUUCUGUUGAAAGCAGACCAGAAAAGAGCGAUGAAGAUGAAAGCGAUGCUUUGUUUGGAAGUAGCGCGGACCUGGAAUCACCAGAUGCAGAUGUUGCAACUGAGAAAGAAUUUUCAUCGAAUAUACCUCAUUCCAAUAGCCAGCCAAAGAAGGUUUUACCCUAUAUUGACAUUUUAAGCACAGGAAUGACAGUGGGAAAUUCUCAAACUCCAGACUAUUCCGAUCCUGGUGCUCCUGCUCCGAUCAACCCAACCCCUAUGAUGUAUCCAAGCAAGAAAUCAGCAGAAAGUACGUUAUCUCGAAGUCACAAUAAUGGAGACAAUGCUACCGAUAAUGGCGAUGGCGAAGUGACAGACAAGAGCAGACAAACCCUUUUUUCCCCCUUGGCAUUUCAUCCAGUGAUUAAGAAAGAUAUUGAUAUGAAAUAUGGCAAGGGUGGUAAGUUUUAUUUCAAUAAGGAUGUAGAAGGUGUGGAAAAAAUUGGCGUUAGAGCAACCAGCGUGAGUGGAGCAUCACCGCUGUCCUUGAGGGAGAUCAAAAAACAACGAGUGCUGCUGGAUCAUAAUUCCGAUAGCGAAGAAAGCGAUGAGGAUGAAGAGCUGGAUAACGAGUCGCGCCAUUCGGAAGAACAGCGAGACGUGUUUCAUCAAUCUGGUUUAGCCAAUGCGACAGGUGCCAACACAGUAUUGGACUUUAAUGCUGCAAGCGCUGGUCCUGAAAAGUCCCUGAUUUUCACUCCAAUGUUACCUACAGGUGGUUUUGGCUCACCGUAUAACAGCAAUUUUGGAAAACUAGGCGCCAAGCCGGACUCCCCACUACCACUAAAUGAAAUACAUUCUUCAAUGACUCCAGCAUUUUAUGACCCAUCGAGUGGACAUCAAUCGCCGCAGGUGAACAAUUUUGAGACCAAGAGAGAAACAGAGACCGCUAACAAAUCUUCCGAGGCGUCCAACUUUUUGCCAUUGAUAUUGAGAAGCGUGAAUGUUUCUACAAUUCCGGGAGCAUUUUUGAUGAAUAAUUUGGUUAGCGAAAGAUUGAUACCAGCGUUUUCAAUGACAGAGGAUGAAGGCGACAAUGACUUGGAGACAACAAAUAAUGACGAAAUGAUUGUGAAGUUGAGGCAUUUAAAAGAACUUUUGAAUUUUGUUUCUAGCAAUGUCGUGUUUGAUUUAGGGGCAACUUUGAAUUUGUAUUCUAGGUUCAUCCCCGAAUAUGGAAGGGAUUUGCAUUUGCUAGAAUCAAACGCAAUCGAGUACCAAACACCCACUGAGAAUCUUUUAGAUCGAAUAAAAUCGGUCUUUCCCCUUUGCUACCAAAUUUGUUUACUGGAAUUUGUACUCGAUAAUAAGUGUAAUGAAGAGAACGACAUCCUUGAUGGUGAAUUGAAUUUCUUGGAGCAUUUCACCGACAUUGAAAAUUCGGAUAACCCAAAGGGAAUAAUGAAAGAGCUUGAUACUAUAACUUGGAAUUCCCUGGGUAGUACCACAAACCAGAACAGCUUUGAAAAGUAUAAUCAUUUGGUGCAAAAAUUAAAUGCAUUUUCCAGGCCCACCGAAGACAACUUGUUCAAAACAAGGGAUGUAAAGGUCCAUGUAAACAAAAACGGUAGCCUUAUCAACCUCAACAGCGUGGGUCUUGAGUUUUGGAACUACUUAGAUUUUGGUCCAGUGGGAGGGCACAAGAAUUUCCAAAUGUUAGCUAUUGGGGAGAGUUCGGAAUAUGAGUCAAGUUCUUAUCUCCAUACUUUCACAGAUAGACUAAUUAAUAACUAUACAAGCUGUAACUUUGGAUCGGUGUCCAGGUUGAACUUAUCGACAGUGGACACUAGACCGGACUUGGAUCCAGUAACCGAUGGCGUCAUGCUUGUAGCGGAGAAUCUGUCACAUAACCAUAGUGGCUACAGCCAGGUGAAUAAAAAGCUCAACUCUCUAGCAGAAUUGAUAAAGUUGGACUUGAUCAACAAAACGAAUAAUUUUGAGUUUGACAGACCUUUACUAGUCUUGUUCAUAAAUUUCGAUGAAAGUUUCAACUCAACCCUUCAGAUCUCAAAAGUAUUACGAAACUUUAAAGUUGCCCUUUUAAACUUCCAAGUGCCUUUGGUUCAGAUAUUUGCAAAGAUAAUCCCGGCAUCUAUGAUUUCAAAGAAAGUUGGAUCUGAAAUCGCACUCAAUUUGUUUAACAACUACAAGCUAUCAAGAAUUUCAAUGAGCUUGUAUAAUGAAUGUCCUGUGGAUGAAGGAACAAAGCUCUCCUCGUGCCAGCUAUAUGCCCCUUUGGUAAAAGAGCCACCUUUAAAAAUUCCAUUCAAGUUUAUCAAUAGUGGCUACCGCGAUAUAUCAGGCUCUGAUGACACUUUUAUUCACGUAGCGUAUGAGAGAUCUAUUGAUAAAAGUUGGUUUGCAGCGGCUUGGACAGAUCCUUUGGGUCUCGUAAAGCACACCAAGUCAUGGUAUUGCUCCCUUAAUAGCGGUGAAGCUAACGGAGUAAAGUCAUCUCACAAUUUCCAGGCUGAUAAAAUGGAUGUUGCUUCGAUUGCUGAUGACAUUUGGGACAUCUCAUUGGGCCUAUUCAGUGCGUUGAGUCGAGUUAACGAGCGGGAAAAUUCAACAGCAGGCAAGAAGUUUUUGGUACUAACGAGAAUCAACAGUGUUAUCCCCGAUGAUGAAUUAGUUCAUUGGAAACGUCUCAGUAUGAGAUAUAAGGAUGUUUCGUUAAUAGUGCUUUCUGUCAACAGGACCCCCAAGAUGACACUAUCGCUAACAGGGGACAGCUCGACUUCCACCUUUUUCAGCUCACCCGAGAGAGAUAAGGACGGUUCUUUUAGUUUCAGAAACCCAAAUAACGUGAAUAACACAUCGCCCAAUACUUCAAGUGGUGGUUCAGUUCAUGUGACGUCGCCGAAUGGAUUAACGUUUCAUUCACCACAGCAGUUUUUGAAUGUACCUUCUAACUUUAUGUCUCCACAAGAUCUAUCGACUCCUGGAACCGCAGGAGCAGGCGCGAUAGACACCCAAGGCGAUCCCGAUGCUGUAUUGAAAAGUGCCGAUGGAGAAAUAUUUGGAAUGGUUCCACUAGUGCAACUUCCUUCUUUUAAUUCGCCAAGCAGGAUGAACAUGAAGACGGGAUAUUUGAUUAAAGAGCAAGCAAUUACAAUUAGCGAUAACGAGAAACGGAUGUUAGUGUUUGAGGUUAAUUUAUUAAGCUGUUCAAAUUACUGGAAUUUGGAUACUUUGAUGAAAUUGAUUUUGAGGCAGUACAAGAACUUGACAGUGUUGAACGAUAUCCUUGGAAUGAGACUGAUGAGUGAGAGCAAUGAGCAUGAUGGUGCAUUUGCAAGCCCCACAUCUUCGGAAACUGCAUGCUUAGUUCCUUGGCACAUCAAUGCCGUUGGAAAGCUAGUAAACUACUUAGUUCAUAUAUAUGUAGAAGAGUGA